GAAGACCGCCUCGUGAGGCUUCUGGUCGCUGAGAUUCAGGGUGGUCAUCCAUUAGGGCUGCUCCACAUCACCGAGAGUAAAUGACGAAGUCUGAUCAAAACUUGACAAUCUGGUGAUCAAUUCGAGAGACAUCACCGAUACUGUUUCCAUAGACAGUUUGAAAAAUUGUGCGGUCUGCUGUGUGUGCCCCGGAUAGAACCCCGUCCAUCGCAGUAUAAGACUGGCAUCAUACCCCCAAUAAGAAAACUCCAGUAACACAAACACCUCUGGCCAGCACUUCAUCGCCACACACCAUGCCUAGUCUACUCAACGGCCAGUCUGACAACAACGUCUCGGCACCCACGAUGCGCGCCGUGGUUUGGAAGGGCAAGACGGGCCAUGUCUCGGUCGACAACGUGCCCAGACCGAAACUACUCUCAUCUGAAGACGCGAUCGUUCGUCUUACUUCAGCAGGAAUAUGCGGCACCGAUCUUCACAUCUAUCGAGGUAUAGUAGGCAGCACGAACCCGCCAUGGGUCCUGGGACACGAAGGCGUUGGCAUCGUUGAGUCGGUGGGUGAAGCCGUCCAGAAUGUCAAGCCCGGCGACAGAGUCAUUGUACCUGCGUCUCCGGAUGAUGGAGUCCUGAACAUCGAUCAACUCAUACCGGCCCUUGAGAGCGUCGGUCUCGGAGCCGACUUCGGCAGCAGUGACGGACUGCAGGCGGAAUAUUUCAGAGUGACGCAAGCAGAUACAAAUCUGAUCAAGAUCCCACACUACCCGUCACGAGAGCUUGACUACCUCAUGAUCAGUGAUAUCUGGGGUACUGCUUGGACCUGCCUGGACCUAUCCGGCUUCCGCGCCGGCGAGACAGUAGCAGUGUUUGGUGCCGGCCCCGUCGGACUUCUCUGCGCCUACACCGCGCUGUUCCGAGGCGCAGCCCGCGUGUACGUCGUCGACCACGUGCAGGCGCGCCUGAACAAGGCCAAAGAUAUCGGCGCCAUUCCCAUCAAUCUCACCAAGGGCAGUCCCGCGCAGCAGAUCCUGAAGCUGGAACCCAACGGCGUCGACCGCAGCUGCGACUGCUGCGGCUACGAGUGCGUCAACGAGAACCUCGAGCCGCAGCAGAAUCACAUCAUCAACAACGCCGUAGCCGCGACGGCGCGUGGCGGAGGCAUUGGGCUUGUGGGCAUAUACAUUGCACAGGACAAAGCUCCUGGGCGCCCUGAGGCGGGUCAGAUCCCGCCGACGCUCGACUUCCCGAUGAGCGACUUCUGGUCCAAGGGCCUGACGAUCAAGGCGGGUGUGGUGAAUCCCCAGGCAUUGGCACCGCAGCUUGUGGAGCUUGUCAAGAGUGGCAGGGCGAAGCCUGGGUGUAUCACGAGCAGUGUCAUUGGCAUUGAGGAGGUGCCGGAAGGGUAUAGGAGAUUUAACAGGCAGCUUGAGACGAAGGUGGUUAUUCGUUUUCCGUGGGAAGACGACGAGUGGAGUGUUGAUGGCACAGCGACGGUGUUGGGGAGUCAGCGACGGGAGCAGGAUAGUGAGAGUGAGUAGGUGAUGUGUGCAGCAGACGGUCGCUCAAAUUUAUCGAUGUGUCUCGCCAAUACCAUAGUCAGAGCCUGAAUUUA